CGCCACGGCCAACACGGGUGACCCACACCGACCCCGACCCCGACCCCGACGUCGGCACCGCUAUCGCCUUCGCCACAGCCGCCACACCACGAUCUCUGUCACCUCCACCACCCGGCGGCCACCCCCCAGGGCCAUGGAGCAAACAGGUAGCAGGAAGCGGAAAGCGCCCGCCAUCGAGGGGGCGGCUGAGGGCGCGUCGUCGCGGGGCUCGGCAGCGGCGGCCGGGGAGGGCCCCCAGUUGCUGCCCAAGAAGCAGAGGCUGCUGGCCGCGCGGCGCUCGCUGGUGCCCUGCCUGCUGGGCCGCUCGGUGGGCUCGCGGGGCCGCGUGGGGUCCCCGGGCUUCGAGGGCCGGCUGCGCGGCUACGCGGUGCAGAAGCUGCCUGAGCUGCUGCGGGAGCGCCCGCUGGCCCUGGGCACCCUCAACAAGGUGUUCGCGUCGCAGUGGCUGAGCACCAGGCAGGUGGUGUGCGGCACCAAGUGCAACACGCUCUUCGUGGUGGACGUGCAGUCCGGCCACAUCACGCGCAUCCCGCUCCUGCAGGACGGGGGCCCCCAGCCAGCGCGGGCCCAGCCCAGCUGCGGCAUCCACGCCAUCGAGCUGAACCCCUCCAAGACGCUGCUGGCCACCGGGGGCGAGAACCCCAACAGCCUGGCUGUCUACAAGCUGCCCACCUUGGAUCCCGUGUGCCUGGGCGACCACCAAGGCCACAAGGACUGGAUCUUCGCCAUCGCCUGGCUGUGUGACAACGUGGCCGUGAGCGGGUCCCGCGAUGGCACUGUGGCUUUGUGGAGGCUGGAUCCGCACGUGGUCCAUGGCAGCACCACGUGGCACAGUGACGCGGGGCUCCCCGUGUACACCCACAUCCGCCCGAGGGAUGUGGACCCCAUCCCCAGGUCCAGCACUAACCCUACUAACCGGAAGGUGCGGGCCCUGGCGUUCAGUGGCAAGAACCAGGAGCUGGGCGCAGUGUCCCUGGAUGGCUACUUCCACCUGUGGAAAGCCCGCAGCACCCUGUCCAGGCUGCUGUCCAUCAAGCUGCCCUACUGCAGAGAGAACGUGUGCCUGACCUACUGCGACGACCUGUCCCUGUAUGCUGUGGGCUCCCAGGCCCAUGUCUCCUUUCUGGAUCCACGCCAGCGCCAGCAGAACAUCCGGCCCAUGAGCUCCCGAGAAGGGGGCACUGGUGUGCGCUCUCUGAGCUUCUACCAGCACAUCAUCACCGUGGGCACAGGCCAUGGCUCCCUGCUCUUCUACGAUGUGCGUGCCCAGAAGUUCCUGGAGGAGAAGGCCUCUGUCAUCUUGGAUUCCUCCCAGGAGCCUACAGGGAGGAAGCUCAGGCUCACCUGUGGCAGAGGCUGGCUCAACCACGAUAACCAGUGGAUGAACUACUUCGGUGGCAUGAAUGAGUUCCCCAUUGCUCUCUACACCCACUGCUACAACUGGCCGGAGAUGAAGCUCUUUGUGGCCGGGGGGCCUCUCCCUGCAGGCUUCCACGGGAGCUAUGCAGGCCUCUGGAGCUAAGGAUGGCCACUGUGUUCUCUAAGGGCCCAGACUUUCCCUUUAGGCCCCUCUCCUUUUCCUUCACACCACCCAUCUUUUUUUGCAAAGAAUUUUAGUUAACCAUUAAUUGUAUUCUCUCUUUGAGUGAUUCACAUAUGCUAUCUCUCUGGGCUGUACAGUCAUGGUUCCCGUUAUAAUUCAGUGCUUUAGUUUUUACCAGUAUUUCAAUAGUAUGUUCAGGUCACAUAUCUGAUGUAUGUUAUUUC